GAGAGGGAGAGCUCACCUUCGCCUUUAUCCAUUCCAAACUGUGGAGGCAGGCAAAGGAAGAGCGUUGGUAGCAGAGAGGUGGGGCAAGUGAGGGUGUGUGCUCACAUGAGGCGCUCUUCCGCUUCUUGCGUGGGUGCACACAGCGGCUGUGAGGAAGCUACCUUUUCUUGCACACUGCCCGUCACUCCUGGCUGGGGGGAGACAGGACGAGUGGAGAGUCCACGCGCACCUUUACCUUCAGCUACUCUGCCAGCCAUCCAGACGAGGCUUGCCCAGGAUGUGGACUCUUCUCUUGGGGGUCACCUUAGGACAUCUGGCCUCCUGUAGGUCAGAGCAACUUCAAGUCAAUUCUCGCAGCUGCAGCUAUGCCGGAGUGUUUAUUGUCGAGGGAGAAGCUCGUCACUCUCUGACCUUUACCAAGGCUCAAAAUGUGUGCGAACAGCUACAGACUAUAAUGGCAAGUCCAGAACAAGUCGAGCAGGCCUUCGAGAAAGACAUGGAAACCUGCAGGAAUGGCUGGAUCAGCAACAUGAGCUUCGCUAUCCUCAGACACACACCCCAUGAAAACUGUGCCAUGAAUAUGACCGGCUUAAUCAUUUAUCCUCGUGACGACCCAAAUGACAGUUUAGAUACUUACUGCUACGAUGAAACAGCUGGGCCUGAGAUUAACUGUGAUAAGGCGUUUGACAGAAAUGAACAAGCAACUCCUUCAGCAGAGCCUGUGUCCACGCCAGCAGAAUCAGGACUGUCUGUUGGGGUAACUGAAAUAACACCGCCCCCUGUGCCAGAAGAAGCCACAGAACAGCCCACAGUGGAAACUAGUUCACUUGGAUGGGACAACAAUCAUACUGUCCUGAUCGCGUUCACUGCUGGAGACUUCGAUCAGACCACUGGAUCCGGGCUGCAGCCGCCCCACUCGGAAGAGGAAACACUGUCGACCCACGUCCCCGUCGGCGGGACCGAUGUAACACAGCCCCUUCCACAUGACAAGCAGGGGGAUGUGAAAAUGAAGCCCGAAAAUGAGGAUGCUACAGCUGCGUCUACACAGCAACCCCCGCAUGGCAACAAAAGGAUGAAUGUGGUCGUGCCACAGCCGGAUCAACGGGAGGCCAGUGAUUCAUCAAACUGGCUUGUCAUCGUUGGGGUGCUCGCAGCAGUUGCCGCUAUCCUCUUUGUGUGUGUGGCUGUUGCCAAAAGGAAGAGCUGGUGCGGCAAGAAACAAACCCUGAUGAUCACUUCAAAAGAGAACGAGGGAAACGGCGCCGCAGGAGCUGUGGCCUCCAGCUCCCAGGCGCAUGAGAGGGAGCAGGAAAUGGUGACCCUCAUGAACAAGGAGAAGACCCAGGAGAACGGAAACAACGAGGAGUUCACCGUCAUCACGCUGGAGGAAACGCCUGAUAAAGAGGCGUGAGGGAGCAGGCGGAGGCAAUGGAAGGGAGGGGGUCGGGUAGUUGGACGGGUGGCGUUCUAAACUGCUUGGGUGGUCAGCACUGGAUGGACACUGGGUGGGUGUUAGCGCGUAGUUGUGUGUGUAAUGUAGAAACAUAAAGUUGCCACUGUACUGGACCGAGGCUGCUGGGUCCUUCCGACCCUCGUGCAGCAUAUUGUUUGUCGAGUGUGCCAUAUUAGUGAGGAGGGGGAGGGGAAGCAUGCAUAACUGAGUGUGAGUGUGUUGUGUGCCAGUUUUUGUGCAUGUGUUGUGUGUCUUGAUAACAAAGGGGAUGGGUGGGAAACAGACGCAGGGGGUUGGGUUGGAAUGUUUUAAUCAAUGAAGACGCAUGGAUUGCGUUUUUGUUUUUGUUUUUUUAAGUGAGCGUAAAGACGCACAUCAGCCAAAACAGCGAAAUGCCCAAACUAUGACAAUAAAAUUUAAUUGGAAAAAUCCUGUGUCAUAUAAAAUAUGAGCAAACAA